AUGCUCACGAUAUCGACCACCAACUCCAACAUGUACGGCCCCCCAGUGGAUCUGUCUUUUAAAGAUAUCAGCCAUAUUACAGGUGCAUUGGCGGAGGUACCCCGAAUUGGCCUGCGGCCUUUAAACACAAACUCAGAGGGCAAGUAUCUGAGUCGCUGUUUACGUGUUAGUAACAACAGCAUCCCUGACGUCACCGGCCUCCAGCUGGUUCUCACCCACUUUCUGGCUCAACCAUCAAUGAUUGGCUGGUUGGACCUGUCCUUCAACAAAAUCAGAUGCAUAAACCCGGUUUUGUGUGAGCUGCGUGAACUGCGCGUGCUAUACCUUCAUGGCAACAGCAUCUGGAACCUGUCAGAGGUCGACAAGCUGACGGAGCUGCAAUAUCUACAUACCAUCACGCUUCAUGGAAAUGCUAUAGAAAAUAACAUAAAUUACAGGAGACAUGUGAUUUCUGCCCUGCCUCGAUUAAAGACCAUGGAUUUCAGUGCUGUGACACGUGAAGAGCGAGUCUUGGCAAAUGUUUACUGCUGCAAACGUGGCAAAAACACCAACGAGAGUCUCCAGUAA